AUGUCCAAAGAUCGACUUAAGCGCAAACUUGUGCAUCAUCUCAACGACAUCAUAUCCGAAAUACAUCGACUCGACAACAAUUGCAAUAUUCCACUCAUGAAUUUUUCCAUCAGUUCACAACUAACAACUUUAUCACAAGAAGAGAUUUGCUGUCCGUAUUUGUCUCAUGGAUCCAAACCAGCGAUAUUACAUUCGACAGCGAAUAGUGAAUAUCGAAAAAAAUCAAGCAAAAUGGCAUUUGCAUUUGCAGCUCGUGCAACGAGUACACCAAAGAGUUCUCCACAACAAACACGUCUUUUGCUUAAACCUCAUCAAACAUCAACACCACGUCGUAGCAAACGUCAUUCAACUGUGUCGGCACUACCAGCGAAUAAUAUCAUUCCAUUGAAACGACUCCUUUACAAUAAAAAAGAUAAUCAACACAGACGACGACAUUCAGCUGUUCCUUUUCCAAAACGAUCAAUCGUUCCACGUUUGCAUCCCAUUGAAGAAAAUCAGCAAUGGAUUUGA